AUGUCCGCCAUAAACCUACCAGAGCCCAACUCCUCCUCUCGGCCCCCGGGCUUCCUCUUAAAAGACGUCAUACACCUCUUUCACUGCCAAUCAUGCGACAAGCUCCUCAACCAGCCCGUCACCCUCCCGUGCGGUAGGAGCAUAUGCAAGCAGUGCAUCCCACAACCUCAUCUCCGACGUCGCAUCUCUUAUCCGGCCAUAGACGACCGCCUCGAGGGCUUUCGCUGUCCCUUCCCGUCCUGCGCAAAGGAACACACGCUCGGAGAUUGCAGUAUUGACGUCACCCUUAGCAAGCUUGGAGAGUAUGUCCGCGACGAGAUUACCCUUCAAGAGUCAACCGUCGCCAGCCAACCAGUCACGGAUGAUGCAACUGCGCAAAUACACAUUCCUCCCUCAACGAAUAUGCAAGAAAAGGCCACUCACCUGGACCACAACCAUGAGAUCCAAGCACAAGAUCAUAAUGUAUCAUACCAACAAACAGACCCUGAAGCUCAAUUCAAUAAGGAGCAUUCCGACGACAACUUCAGGCAAGAAGCGUCGUCAUUUGCCAAGACCUUGCAGCUCGCUCGCUCGGAACUCGACUGCCAAGUCUGCUACGCCCUAUAUCACGAUCCACUAACUACCGGCUGCGGCCACACUUUUUGUCGCUCUUGCUUGCACCGCAUUCUCGACCACUCUCGAUACUGUCCCCUUUGCCGUUGCCGCCUAUCCAUCAGCCCCCUGCUCAACCGCGAAUCAUGCCCAUCCAACGCCCACCUCACCAAAAUCAUCGAGACAUUCUGGACGGAUGAGCUGGCUGCUAGAAGACUAACCGUCGAAGCUGAAGAUGCCGCGCGGUCACAGGAUCUCCAGACGCCGCUUUUCAUCUGCACCCUAGCCUUCCCGCAGAUGCCUACAUUCCUGCACGUCUUUGAGCCAAGGUAUCGUCUGCUCGUACGACGUGCCCUCGAGGGUGACAAGACCUUUGGCAUGGUCCUACCGAAGCGACCUCGCUACUUGGGGGACGCCAGCUUCUAUGAACUGGGCACCCUACUGCGCAUAGAGAAUGUACAAUUCUUCCCAGACGGCCGCUGCCUCAUCGAAACCGUCGGUCUUUCCCGAUUCCACGUACUAAGGCACGGCUCGCUCGACGGUUAUGCUGUCUCAUCCGUGGAGCGCAUCGACGACAUCAGCCUCGAAGAGGAGGAAGCUACCGAGGCUGCCGAGAUGGCUGCCGCUGCCACUGCCGAUGCUGCCCAAUUCCCGCCGCCCGAUAUUGCCGGCGACCACGGCUUCCCCAGCGACGCCGCCUCUAGCAGCACGCCAACAACGCCAGCGGCAACCGUCACCGUCCCGAGUCUGGAAACUAUGACGACGCGCGACCUCAUGCAGCUGGCUACGGAUUUCGUCACCCGUAUGCGUGACCAGAGCGUGCCGUGGAUGACGGACCGUAUGCUGGCCAUCUACGGCGAGUGCCCAAUGCAGGACCCCGCCGCCUUUCCCUGGUGGCUAGGUAGCGUUUUGCCCGUUAAGGACGCCGAAAAGUACCGCCUGCUCGGAUCAGCGAGCGUGCGCGAGAGGCUCAAGAUUUGCUGCCGCUGGAUCAUAGAGUGGGAAACUAAGACCUGGUACGCCUGCCAGGCCCCGACCCGAUAA